AUGAAAGGCUCGCGUGUCAUUGAAACACUUGCUAAGAGUGCUAGAGACUCCACGAAUGACUAUGGCAACAACAUACAAGCCCAAAUAGACCAUCUGAAGACCAUUUGCAUUCUCAUCGAGCACGAAGCCAGCAUCUCGCGUGGGGGGUUCGCCUGGGUAAACUUGGGCUUCAUCUAUACCAUGGCUAACAUUAUGCUGGUGGGUGCAGCCGCGGCCAGGAAGAUUACGCAGCUGUGUUUGGCAACGAGUAAGCUCUGUCUGGAAGAGUCAAAAUUUCUAGAUUCCGUGAGCAAUUUUUUAGCAGUCACCGAGGCGACUCAUUGCCUUGGAAACCCAAAACUGGUCCCAGAGAAAAGCCAGAUGAUAGGCCAGAGCCAAGACUGUAGCGUCAAGCUCACCAAUCCUGAUAGUUGGGAGCGAUUGCUGGCUCUAUUGCGAUUUCUUUCCCGGAUCCAGCGACAUCGGGCAACUGGAUUUGGGUGGCAAAAGUCGGCGCCGUGGCAUCAGCAUUCGGAUUUCCGAGCACUUCAUGAGGAGCUGGAAACACAUUUAUUGCGCCAUCGAGAUACACCGCCAUGCCCGGACGUGGGCGACCCUGGCGAGCUUCACAAGGAUACCAACUUCAAUGGAUUGGUCUGCUCGCUCCUCUGCCACUGCUGUGAUAUUGAACUAAACAACAGUUUCCUGCCCAUUUCCAUGAAGGGGCUUGGGAGGGAUGGGGGACAUGGCCCUCACACAGAAAACAUCGACUAUCCCGGCGCUCCGAGUCUUUUCCUUGCAGAAAGAAAGAUUCGGUGUCAAUCGAGUGCCGUGGCUAUUUGUGACUGCGUAAAAUAUAUAAUUUUCGAACAAGGUUUCUUCAAGCACAUGUUGAUACUCGGGUAUUGCUGCGUGCAGAGCCUCUUUAUACUAUCGUAUGAAGUCGAAUGGGGCCCGAAGCCUGUCCAGCCUAAGCUGCUUGAAAGUGUCGCCUUCUUACGGAACGUUGUCAUUGCAGUCAGCAAGUUUUAUUCCCAAGGCCAAAGCUGGAUAGAGAUAAUCCGACUGGUCCAGGAUUUCCAAUUGGACUUAGUGCAACUACCUGGAACCACAGAGGACGCUUUUAAGGGGUAUCUUAGCCGCUUCAAGGACGUGUCGGAGCCUUUAUGUGUGCCGCUGAAUCCUCUUGUCUUCCACGGAGCACCGCAUAAUCCUGCGCCCACAGAUGACAUAACGUCUCUCUAUGGGCAGCAGUCCCUGGAAAUACCAACAGCAGGCAAGAGGACGCCAUCAUGGAUGCUGGACUAUACUCAACACCUAACUCAGUAUCUGUCUGAGUCAGAAGCCGACCAAGACGCCAAAAGCCCUUCGAAUCCCACCUCCGCCGUUACCAUGACGCGCUCCGAGCUCUCUUCUUCGACGAGUGGAGUGAUUCAGCGGCAAGUCAACCCUGGAGCCGGCAAUGACGAGUGGUUAGAGGAAACAGGCUUACGGGAACAGCUUCUGACACAACCUGAUACUGUGGAGGGAAGAGCAGUACGCGACAGUGGGAGUGCUUUAGAAGAUACCGAUGUUCUGCUGGCCCAGAUUUUACAACCCUCACCAAAUCUCAAUGGGUUGUUCUCGAGUGGUGAGACUGUUAUCGAUACAGAUGCCGCGAGGAUUCUCCGAGACGAUCUUUUAUUUAGACAUAACGGUGAUUUGAAUUUUCUGUCAGAGCAUGUGCCGUUCCUCUGGGAUAACACUGAUAACGGUAUACUUCCGUGA